AUGUCAUUAGGUACUUUAUAUGGUAAAAAUAUUUCUCCAAGAACUUUUAUUUUAAUUGAUAUUAUAAAACAUUUUAAAUUAGAUAUUAAAGUCACUGAAGAUGAAGAUUCAGCUUAUCAAUCAAAAUUCCCUUUAAAAAAAACUCCUGCUUUUAUUGGUGAAAAAGGUUAUACAUUAACUGAAACUAUUGCAAUUGCUUCAUAUUUCUUAUCAUUAGUUCCAAAAGAUAAAUUAGGUGGUUUAUUAGGUAAAAAUGCUCAACAAUAUGCUUCAAUUUUACAAUAUUUAUCAUUAAUGAACCAAGAAUGGUUAGAUGCUUUAGUUCCAAUUUUUUAUAUGGCUGCAGGUAAAAUUCCUUUCAAUAAAAAAAAUAAUGAUGAAUUUACAAGUAAAGUUCAUGUAAUUGCUAAAUUAUUAGAUGAAAGAUUAUCAAAUUUUACUUAUUUAGUUGGUGAAAGAUUAACUUAUGCUGAUUUAUAUUCAGCUGCUACUAUUUCCCUUGGUUUAAAAACUGUUUUAGCAGCUCCAUUUUUAAAACAAUAUCCAAAUAUUAAUAGAUGGUUUAAUACUGUUUCAAAAGCUCCAUUUUGGGAAGGUGAAUUUAAUGAUUUUAAAGCUCCAGCUGAACCAUUAACUUUUACUCCACCAAAAAAGGAAAAGAAAGAAAAAUCUAAUGCUGAACCAGCUGCUGCUAAAAAGGAAGCUGCACCAAAAAAAGCUGCACCAGCUGAAGAAGAACCUGAACCAGCUGCUGCUCCAAAACCAAAACAUCCAUUAGAAGCUUUAGGUAAACCAAAAGCUCCAUUAGAUGAAUGGAAAAGAGUUUAUUCAAAUGAAGAAACUAGAGAAGUUGCUUUACCAUGGUUUUGGAAAAAUCAAUAUAAUCCAGAAGAAUGGUCAUUAUGGAAAGUUGAUUAUAAAUAUAAUGAUGAAUUAACUUUAACAUUUAUGUCAAAUAAUUUAGUUGGUGGUUUUUUUAAUAGAUUAUCUGCUUCAACUAAAUAUAUGUUUGGUUGUUUAGUUGUUUAUGGUGAAAAUAAUAAUAAUGGUAUUACUGGUGCAUUUUUAGUUAGAGGUCAAGAUCAUGUACCAGCAUUUGAUGUUGCUCCAGAUUGGGAAUCUUAUGAAUUUACAAAAUUAGAUGGUUCAAAAGAAGAAACUAAAGAAUUUGUUGAUAAUAUGUUUGCUUGGGAUAAACCAGUUGAAGUAAACGGUGAAAAAAGAGAAAUUGCCGAUGGUAAAGUUUUUAAAUAA